CUGAAUAUUUAAAUGUGCAACCAUCUCUAGUGUUUACAGAAAAUGGUCCAGAAAAGCAACAAUAUACAGCCAGUCAUUGUUGAGUUGAUACAAUUGCAACAUUAACUCAAAUGAAAAAAUUGUUACAACCAAAAUAUGUAGAAGAGCAUCUCUGAAUGUAUAAUAUACAUUGACCCAGAUGUGCUACAGCAGCAGAAGACCACACUGGAUUCCAUUCCGAUGAACAGAUCAAGAAACUGAGGCAGCAGUUUGCACUACAUUGGACAACUGAAGACUGUAAUUGUUGUCAGUUCAUAUUAUUCUUCAGUUCUGCUGCCAUACUUGGAUGGCGGGGACAUGAUGUCAGAUGUUAGAAUUUGGUAUAGACAACAUAAAAGGAUGGAUUGAUCCUUCCUUCUAUCAACAGUUCAUGGUGCUGCUGGUGGUGUAAUGGUGUGGGGGAUAUUUUUGUUGCAAACUUUGUGACCCUCAGCACCAACAUCGCAUCCUGAGUAUUGCUGCUGACUAUGUGCAUCUCUUCAUCACUGUAGAGUUUCCAUCUUCUGAUGGCUGAAUCCAGCAGGAGCACCCACCAUGUCGGACUGCAGAACUUUUGAUAGUUAGUUCAUUUCUGCACACCCAAAGGGAUCACAUCAAUAAACGGUGAAAGGGAGCCUUGUAGUGUAAUUCUUGACUUGACCUGGUUGGAAGAGCCAUCACUGAGAUAUCACAAUGUCAGAAGAAUACACCACGUACUACGAUUACCAAGAUGACAACACAAGCUUUGCUCCUACCAACCUAAGUGAUGUAAAGGACUUCAACAAAGUGUUUCUCACCACUCUCUACAGUUUGGUUUUCAUCAUGGGCUUCAUAGGUAAUGGACUAGUGGUGAGUGUCCUGGUGAAGCACCGCAAUCAGAGCAACUUGACAGACAUCUGCCUCUUCAACCUGGCUCUCUCUGACCUCCUCUUCGUCUUCACGCUGCCUUUCUACUCUCACUAUGUCAGGGUCGGCCAGUGGACUUUUGGAGACUUCAUGUGCCGUUUGAUCUCCGGUUCUCACCACAUUGGCUUCUUCAGCAGCAUCUUCUUCAUGGUUGUCAUGACGCUGGACCGCUACAUGAUCAUUGUGCACGCUCACAGGGUUGCACGUUAUCGCACAAAGAGGGCUUCCAUCAUUCUGACCGUGCUUGUUUGGAUGCUGAGCUUGUUUGUCUCUCUGCCAGAUUUUAUCUUCAUACAACAAACACAAGACUCCCAGAAGUUUGAGUGUGACUAUCCUGAGGAGAGCAAAGUCUGGGAGCAUUACAGCCUAUUCACCAUAAAUGUGCUGGGUCUUGUGAUUCCCUUGCUGGUGAUGGUAGGUUGCUACUCCAGGAUCAUCCCCACGCUGGUGAGCAUGAGGACUGCAAAGAAGCAUCGCAUUGUCAAGCUGAUCAUCUGUAUAGUGGUUGCAUUUUUCUUACUCUGGGCUCCAUAUAACAUUUCCCUUUUCCUGGAGUUUCUUCAGAAAAGAGAAAGAAUCCCCAAUGGUCCAACCUGGGACAAUAAUAUGAGGCUGUCAAAAACAGUGACUGAGGCCUUAGCUUACACUCACUGCUGUCUGAACCCCAUCAUUUAUGCUUUUGUGGGAGAGAAGUUUAUGAGACGAGCCUUGCAGCUGCUGAAAACGUUUUUUCCUUUUUACGGAAGAUAUUUGUCAGACAGCUCAUUCAGGAGAAGCUCAUUUAUGUCCAGGGGCUCUGAAGUCACCUCAGCUUCUUUGAAACUAUAGAAGGUGGAGGGCAGUUGUAAUUGUUUUUGGCAUGAAUGUUUCACCCUCAUUUCAUCUUUUUCCUGCUAGUUUUGUUUUUUUAGUCACUUUGCCAAAUACCACCAGUGUUUUUCACCAGUGUCUCUCCUUUAAAGUUUGUCUGUACACCUUUAGAUCUUGCGAAUGUGAUCAUGACCAUAAGAUUUCAGAUUUCUUAUAAACAACUGUGAAAAGUGGUUUAUUGAAAUAUAUGGCAUUUUGAAGUUGGGAAUUUGAUGUGAAACAAAUUUUCCAGUGUUCAUUUUUUUUUCACACUUUUUAAAUAUAUAUAUAUAAUACACAGUGUACUGACCUACUUUUACUACCUUUUACUUUUACAUUGUAAAUAAAUUCUUUUCUUUUGCCUCAGUAACUUUGACUACUAUUUCAGAUGGGUUUUUGGUUUAUCUUUUUUUUCCCCUCUGCCUGCAUACUGUACUGUUUUCCAGGUAUUGAUCUUACACACGCUUAUGUUUUUUAUGACACUUGUACCUUUACUAGCACUGUUCAUGAAUCAAGGCUGGCA